AGCUGGCCUGCCUGGGCAUGCGUAGAAGAUGUAAUGGAGGAUUGGACGUAUUCACGGGGCUAGUUAGUUAGCCAGCUGCCUGUUCUCCGUUAUGCUCCCUACUGCCUCUUCGAUUCAUUACAGUUUAUUUACCACACGAAGAACAACAUCUGGUUGAACUUAGGCCAAGACGAAGCAACACAUCUUAUGAAGGUCGACUAAUGGGAUUUUUCACAUCAAGAAGCUACCACUGAGUUAAGGAUGGCGUCAGAUGCGGUCUCCCAAAACCUUGGUACCAAGGGUAUAAUGACAUUUUACCCCACUGUCGACGAGUUCAAGAACUUCAGCCGCUACGUUGCAUUUAUAGAGUCCAAGGGAGCUCAUAAAGCAGGCUUGGCUAAAAUUGUUCCCCCAAAGGAAUGGAAGCCCCGUGGAUCUUAUGAUGAUAUAGAUGAUUUGGUGAUCCCAGCUCCCAUCCAGCAGGUGGUGACCGGCCAGUCGGGCCUUUUUACUCAGUACAACAUCCAGAAGAGGUCCAUGACUGUACGAGAAUUUCGCAGGAUUGCCAACAGUGAUAAGUUCUGUAGUCCACAUUAUGAUGACUUCGAGGAGCUGGAAAGAAAAUACUGGAAAAAUGUGACGUUUAAUCCUCCCAUUUAUGGAGCCGAUGUCAAUGGCAGCCUGUAUGACACCGAUGUGAAGGAAUGGAACAUUUGUCGCUUGGGUACCAUUUUGGAUACCGUGGAACAUGACAGUGGCAUCACUAUAGAGGGAGUUAACACACCCUACCUGUAUUUUGGUAUGUGGAAGACCACCUUCGCAUGGCACACCGAGGACAUGGACCUCUACAGCAUCAACUACCUGCACUUUGGAGAGCCCAAAUCCUGGUAUUGUGUUUCCCCAGAGCACGGGAAGAGGCUGGAGCGUCUGGCCAAAGGCUUCUUUCCUGGUAGUGCUCAGAACUGCGAGGCCUUUCUGAGGCACAAAAUGACUCUCAUCUCUCCUUCAAUACUGAAGAAAUACGGCAUUCCAUUUGAAAAGAUCACACAGGAAGCUGGUGAGUUCAUGAUAACCUUCCCCUACUCCUACCAUGCUGGCUUCAACCACGGCUUCAACUGUGCUGAGUCCACUAACUUUGCUACGGAGAGGUGGAUUGAGUAUGGCAAGCAGGCGGUUCUGUGCUCGUGUCGUAAGGACAUGGUGAAGAUCUCCAUGGACGUUUUUGUCAGGAAGUUCCAGCCAGGUCGGUACGAGCAGUGGCUGGCAGGGCGGGAUGUGGCCCAGAUAGACCACUCCUUACCCACCCCUGAGGCCGAGGAGUUUCUGGGCCACGCUGUCGACACCAGCAGCAGCAACAGCUGCUGCCUCGAGCGCCACGGGGAGGACUGUGAGCGGAGAAGCAUGCACAGGAUUGAGACCAAAAGACACCGGGUGUGUUUGGAGGUGCCCCGUGAGGUCGUUCCUAAGGAUGAAGACGAUGCUGAGCAGUACUGUAAACGCCCCCGACUAAGUCUCAUACCGCCCCGAUCCUCUGUCCCGGAUGGCAGAAGAAGUAAAGGACCUCCAAAAUUGGUCGUCACACCAACAAAGUUGACCUUAUUGGACCCAUUUCGCCAGGGACAGAGAACCGAUGACCAAUGUCAUCCCCGCUGUAAUAAGUCUGGUGCUCCUGCAGUACCGUCUCAGGCUAAGGCCAGAAAUGGAUAUUUGUCCGUUUCAGCGGCACCGGCGUGGACAGAAGCUCCUGCCCAACCUGUUCGUAAGAUGGGUGUGGCCAGCCUGCUCUUUCACAGGACUCUGAGUCCAAAAGAGACUCUGCAAGUGCACAGCCACACUCUGGAAAAGCAGCGGCAGCCUCCUACGCAGCUCCAGGUCCACAGCUACGCCCGGGAGCAUCAACCCCGUCCCCCCCAGAGCAAAACUCCCUCACCGACACAGCUUCAGCCCUCGUCCCAGGCAGCAAACUGUGAGAAAACACAGCCUCAGCCCGAAUCCCAGUAUGUUCUCACCAAAACCGCACACCAUCUGGAGAUGCAUGACACUGCGGACAAACGUGAAACAUCAGUGCCUCGUGAAGGUCGGACAGAGGUGCAGAUGUCUGAAGUGGAGCCCGCCGUAGCACCGCCUCCUCCUCAGACCCAAACGCAGCUCCACCACUCUAGCAGAGUUAGGAUGGAGGCUUCCACCGCUAGCAGGAGAAAGAGGAGCGAGUGUCCACUAGUGGACGAUGGCUUUGUGGUCCUGAUGGACACCAUGCCUGUCAGAAAAGCAGGACAGGAGGAGCUGAAGGUGGUUCAUCAUCAGGUGUCAGACGAGCAGUCAUACUGCAAGUCCUUAGCUAAGAAGCAGGAAGUGCAGCUGUGUAAGCUCCCCCGCCACCACCCUCUGAUCAGAGACGCUCCCAGUGAUGAUGACACGAACGAAGAUGUGCAGGUCUUCCACGAGGAGAAGGAGGAGUGGGCAAAGCCUCUAACGCAGCUGUGGCAGGGCCGGCCGUACAACCCACAGGCUGAGUGGGAGUAUAACAAGAGGAUGGGCCAGCGGGCUCCGUACUGCUCCAUCUGCCUGCUGUUCUACACCUACCACCAGACCGAGUCCAGCCUCGGACACUCCAGCCUGGCGGUGGUGACCCGUCCAGGAGGACGUCAGUGGUCCAAACCUCUCAUCCCUGAGAUGUGUUUCAACAGCAAGAUGAGCGACGCUGCGGAGGGACAGCUAGUCAACCCUCACCUGGCAGAAGAUGGGACGAGUCGGCUGAUCCACUGUGCUCAGUGUUCUGUUCGAGUCCAUACAAGCUGCUACGGUGUCUCUGGGGACGAAGCGGAGCUGGACGACUGGCUGUGUGCUCGCUGUGAGGCCAGUGCCAUCACAGAGGACUGCUGCCUGUGCUCACUAAGGGGGGGGGCUCUGCAGAGAGCCAACAACGACAAAUGGGUCCAUGUGCUGUGUGCCAUCACCGUGCUGGAAGCUCGUUUCGUUAACGUCACCAAACGGAGCCCGGUGGACCUGUCUGCCAUCCCGCUGUCCCGCUUCAGACUGAAGUGUGCGUACUGCAGGAAGCGAAUGAAGAGGGAGGUGACGGGCUGCUGUGUCCAGUGCUCCCACGGCCGUUGUUCCACAGCCUUUCACCCCACCUGCGCCGAGGCAGCCGGCAUCCUCAUGCACCCAGACGACUGGCCCUUCGUAGUCUUCGUCACCUGCCACAGACACCGAGCACCUCUCAUACCGGAGCGGACCACAGCCUCCCUGCAGGAGCUGACUGUGGGUCAGAAGGUGAUCUGCAAACACAGGAAUUCCCGUUACUAUCAGAGCGACGUGGUGGAGCUGACCACAGCCACCUUCUACGAGGUUGUGUUUGAUGACGGCUCCUACAGCGACAACCUCCUCCCUGAGGACAUUGAGGACAGAGACUGUGUCCGGCUCGGGCCGCCCUCUGAAGGUGAAGCUGUUCAGGUGCGAUGGACUGACGGGUUGAUAUACGGAGCCAAGUUUGUAACGUCCCACUCCAUCCCCAUGUACCUGGUGGAGUUUGAAGAUGGCUCACAGACCUCAGCCAAGAGGGAGGACAUCUACAGCCUGGAUGAGGAUCUACCCAAAAGGGUCAAGUCCCGUAUGUCGGUGGCGUCGGACAUGCGCUUCAAGAUCUUCUCCCAGAACGACGUCAAGCAGAACUCCAAAAGGCAGCGAGUCAUCAACUCUCGCUACAGAGAGGACUACAUAGAGCCCGUCAUCUACAGAACCAUCAUGGAGUGAUGCCCCUCCAGGGCCUCGAAGGCUUCAUGUUGAAAACUACGGCUGGGAAUAAAACCACUGCUUUGGCUCCAUG